AAAAACGGAAAGGUAUUCGGAAUCUAUGAGAACACAAAACCCGUACUCUUUCUGUCGGAUCCCGAUUUGAUUCGCGAUGUUUUGGUCAAAGACUUUCAUGUGUUUCAUAACCGCAGGGACUUCCGUACGGGUGCCGACCCAUUGGUGGACAAUAUGGUGCACCUGACCCGCGAUGACCAGUGGAAACGGAUCCGGACAGCCAUGUCACCCACAUUUGCAACAGGGAAACUUAAGAAAAUGUUACCACAAAUAGUGGACUGUCGAAACACCUUGCACCAAAAUCUGGACCAAAUGCUGACAAAACUCUCUAACAAUACCGAAAUGGAUGUCAAACGGGUGAUCGGCGCCUACGCUAUGGAAGUCAUAAUUCGUGUCAACUUUGGGGUAAAAGUGUCGGCCCUUUCGGACGACACAAACCCUAUACUAAUGAAUGUGAGAAAAAUAUUUCACAGGAAUAUGCCGUUGAAGUUAUGGGUCUUACAUAUAGCACCCAAACUCGGAAAGUAUCUCAAGAUUGAGAUCUUUGAUACAAAUGUCACCAAAUUUUUCAAAGACUUUACGCUAAAUAUCAUCGAAAAGCGAAAUAAUGAGUCAAAUGGUGUGAAAAGAGUAGACUUUUUGCAACUUAUGUUGGAUUCCAUGGAUAGGGAGGAUAGGGUGGAUAGUGAGGAAAGGGAUGAUAAAAGUGGUGAUCAAAUAAAUUCGGAAAAGUAUAGAGAAAUACCGGUGCUUAAAGGGUUAGACAAAAGGCUGACGUCCGAUGAAAUCAUAGCCCAAUGUAUACUGUUUUUUAUGGCCGGGUAUGAGACGACGACAUCCACUCUAUGCCUAUGUUUGCAUAAUAUUGCGAAACACCCGGCAGUCCAACAAAGACUAUACACUGAAGUCCUCGAGUUUUAUCGACAAAAUUCUCAGAAUGACCAGGAUUACGACUCCUUGAACACAUUAAAAUACUUGGACGCAGUUAUCCAGGAGACUCAGCGCCUGUAUCCGGCGGCCAUAUUUGUGGAACGGGUGCCCAAUCAGGACUACCAGCUCAGGGGCACCGGUAUUACCAUUGAAAAAGAUCGUCUGGUUCAUGUGCCCAUAUAUGCCAUACAUCGAGACCCUGAUAACUUUCCCAACCCUGAUGAGUUUGACCCUGAUAGAUUUUUGGCUCCUAAUGUCAAACACCAUCCCUACGCCUAUUUGCCAUUCGGUGCGGGACCUCGAAAUUGUGUGGGCAUGAGGUUAGCCCUAAUGGAGAUUAAACUAGCCCUGGUCAGUCUGGUUCACCAAUAUAAAUUUAAGGCAUCAAAUGUAUGUUAUGAUUAAAUUUUAAUUUUUUCCAAAAAAUAAACCAUGUUUGAAUAUU